GAGAAAGAGAGAGAUGGUGUGGAAGGAGGAAGAGGAGGAGGAGAUGAUAAGAGUGAGGGAGUAUGACAAGGAUAAGGACCUUUGGAAAGUGGAGGAGAUGGAGAGGAGGUGUGAGAUAGGUCAUAGUGGCACUGAAACAUCAUCGAAGAAGUCGACGAAGAAGAAGAAGAAGAGCAUGAAGCUCUUUGUAGACCUCUUGGGUGAUCCCAUGAGCAGAGUUAGACACACUCCCCUUCAUGUCAUGCUGGUGGCAGAGUAUGGGGAGAAAGAGAAGGAGAAGAAGGAGAUAGUUGGAGUUAUAAGAGCAUGCAUUAAGAUGGUGACUAGAGGGAUGAAACCAGUGAAUGAGCAUCCAAUAUAUGCAAAGGUUGCUUAUAUUCUUGGCCUAAGAGUCUCCACAUCUCAUAGGAGGAAUGGAAUAGGAACAAAGCUAGUAGAAGAAGUGGAAUCAUGGUGCCGGAAAAACGGAGCCGAGUACUCAUACAUGGCGACGGAGAGAUCGAACACGGCCUCACUUAACCUCUUCACAAAGAAAUUCUCAUACACACACUUCCGGUCUCCGGCAAUGCUAGUCCAUCCAGUUCAUCACCACACACUCCCACUCCCACUCCACCACCACUCCCUCUCCAUCUUCCACCUCCCACCAUCCUUAGCAACCUCACUUUACAACCAAAUCUUCAAAACAAACUCAGAGUUCUACCCUUCAGACAUCUUCUCAGUGUUAUCAAAUCCAUUAACAAUCACUACACUGAUUGCUUUGCCAGCUUCGGACGUUGCAUGGCAGCCAUGCAGUGUUUUACGUGGGAUUUUACCAAAGAGUUAUGCUGUGCUUAGUCUUUGGAACAGCGCCGGAGUUUUCAGGAUGAGGGUCGCCGGAGCGCCGGCGUUGGCCAAGGCGGUGCUGGGGGUGGCGAGGGCGUUGGAUGAGAGAGCGCCGUGGAUGAGGUUACCGGCGUUGAAGGAUGUUUUCCGGCCGUUUGGGGUUUACUUCAUGUAUGGACUACAUAUGGAAGGGGAAGGUGGGGCCCGGUUGAUGACGUCAUUGUGCAGGGUGGCCCACAAUAUUGCCAGCAAGGAUGAAGGGUGUGCUGCCAUCGUGGCAGAGGUGGGUCCGGGGGACCCAGUUAGGGUGGCAGUGCCACGUUGGAGGAGGUUUUCUUGUGAAGAGGAUGUGUGGUGUGUGAAGAGACUUGGUGGUGAUGGGGAGAAGAGAAGGAACGGUGGAGAUGAUGAUGGGGUUGAUAAUUGGGUUAAAUCUCCACCGUCCACUGAUGUCAUUUUUGUUGAUCCAAGGGAGUUUUGAAUGUUAUUGUUGUUAAUGUUAUUAUUAUUUAGUUUUUUU